CACACACUUCAGUGGAGGGAGGCAGUGCUUCAGAACUAGUACCCACCCAGAAAACGAAUAAGGCAAAUUCAUGUAAUAAAGGAAGUAGGAGCAGCUAGACUCAGCUGCUGCAUUAUUCACAGUCAGAGAUGCUGUCAGUGAGCUGACAGCUAAUGGGACAGGAGAGAUGUGAAUGGGGUCAACUGGGAACAGGAAGUGGUGAACAGCUACCUGUUUGAACAUGAGGCUGGUCUGUUCCUCACUCGACGCUGUCUGCAAAUCCUCCCAGCGCCUCCAAACGUGGCUUUGUGUGUCGUUGCUAUGUAUUUAACUUAAAUCUGGAGGGAGCAUCGUCAGUGCCGUGCCGCCUGGUAGCAGUCUGACUGCGAGGAGAACAAAAUGACACACAACGGUGUUGGGGCUCGUAAUGGCAACGUGAAGAAGGGAGGCGAGUUUAAAAUUGUGAUUGUUGGAGAUGGAGGCUGCGGGAAGACGUCUCUUCUGAUGGUUUACGCCAAAGGUGAUUUUCCAGAGAAAUAUGCACCGUCUGUGUUCGAAAAAUAUGUCACCACAAUCACUCUGGAAGGAAAAGAGAUACAGCUCAACCUGUACGACACCGCUGGGCAGGACGACUAUGACAGGCUGCGUCCACUCUCCUACCAGGAAGCCAACCUCGUUCUGCUCUGCUUUGACGUGACCAACCCGACCAGCUUUGAGAACGUAAUGAUCAAGUGGUACCCAGAGGUGAAGCACUUCUGCCGUGACACGCCGGUCAUCCUGAUUGGCUGCAAGACCGACCUCAGGAAGGAUAAAGAGUGCACCAGGAAGCUGAAGGCCAUGAACCUGGAUCCCAUCACUUACUCACAGGGUGAGGAGACCAGGCAGCAGAUGAACGCAGAGCUCUACCUCGAGUGUUCGGCCAAGUAUCAGGAGUACGUAGCGGACAUUUUUAGAGAAGCCACCAAGACGAUUCUGGCUUUCAAUCGAAGACAGAAGAAACGCAAGAGGAGGGUAUGCAGCGUUUUGUGAGACUGAAGGGACCGAAGGCUUCAGGACUUGUGUCGUCUGCAGCCACGUGCGAUGACACUGACGUGCGCUGUCGCGGAUGUUGCGCAUGCAUAUGCUCAUAGUGCCUAGCGUCACAGAUGCGGAUCGGAUGCAGGCGCAGCCUCACUGAGCUUCAGCGUUUACCGUCAAAAGACCUCUGAUGCAACAGGAAAGACAGUUUUGCAAGAGGUUGCAGCCAGAGGAUUUUCCAAACUUGUAUAAAACUUGAAAUAUAUAACAAUUUAUUUUAACUUUGGUAUCUAUGUAUUUUUGUACUUUUGCUAACACCUGUACUGUUUAAAAGCCAAUGUUCUACUGAAAAAUAAAAUAAAUAAUGAACA